GGAUAACUCAAUCUCAGCGAACUCAUCAGACAGGUCGGCGAAAAUUAAAAUUGGCAUACCUCCAAGAGACUUGAUAUAAUAGUCACACAGAACCUAUCUCUAUCAUCAUCAUUAUCAUCAUGAAGUGAUAAUUACACAAUAUAGAAAUGGGCAACUUAUUGAGCGGAGGAGCUAAUCUGAACGCUGGAUCAGUACUUGACAGGGUGAUAUCACAAGGGAGUACGGAAGAUGAGUGUCUACUGUACAGGUUGGCCAACUACAGGAAUGGUGGCGAGCUUAUCGACGCAUACAACGUGGGAGGCCAGACUGAGGUCGAGAAACUCAUAAAAGAGCAAUUUGGUGUGCUCAUGUACAAAGAUGGUAAAGGACAAGUGAUCAACCGGUCAGAAUACUUGAGAUGGAAAUUUCGUGAUACGAAACAGGUGAGACUUCCAAUUGAAGCCUCUCUGAGUCCCCAUGAUCCUCUGGCAAAGUGGGAGGAUCACGAUGCCUGUUGGCAGAUGCAGUACAGGGGCUCAUUGGGUGAAACGCUCCUUCAUGUUCUCAUCAUUUGUGACACCAAACUUCACACUCGAUUGGCUAGAACUCUGCUCAAGUGCUUCCCAAACUUGGCGAUGGAUGUUGUUGAAGGAGAAGAGUAUUUAGGAGCCAGUGCUCUUCAUCUGGCCAUAGCAUACUUCAACAAUGAACUUGUCCAGGAACUAGUGGAAGCAGGUGCCAAUGUCAUGCAAAGAGCUAUAGGCAACUUCUUCCUGCCUCGAGACCAGCAGCGGGCGAGGCCAAGCCGGCACACGGACUACGAGGGCCUGGCCUACCUGGGCGAGUUCCCCCUGGCGUGGGCCGCCUGUUGCGCCAACGAGAGUGUCUACAACCUGCUGCUGGACAGUGGCGCCCACCCUGACCACCAGGACUCCUUCGGCAACAUGAUACUGCACAUGGUCGUCGUCUGCGACAAGCUGGAUAUGUUCGGCUAUGCCCUUCGCCACCCGAAACUGCCAGCUAGUAAUGGCAUCACCAACAACGAGGGUCUGACUCCACUCACCCUGGCCUGUAAGUUGGGCCGCGCUGAAGUCUUCAGGGAGAUGUUGGAGCUCAGUGCCAGAGAGUUCUGGAGAUACAGCAACAUCACCUGCUCCGCCUACCCGCUCAAUGCACUCGACACUCUCCUGCCCGAUGGAAGAACAAAUUGGAAUUCAGCACUAUUUAUAAUACUGAAUGGUACAAAAGAAGAGCAUCUGGACAUGUUGGAUGGUGGAAUCAUUCAACGAUUACUGGAAGAAAAGUGGAAAACGUUUGCAAGAGUAAAUCAAAUCAGAGAUCCUGCAAAAGCUAUAUUUCUUAUAUCGAAUAUCCUUAUAUUGGCCUGCAUACCGUUCAGACUAGCAGGAGAUAUACUAAUGGAAGAAGCUAUUCUGGUCGUAGCAUUACCUGGAUCAUGGUUUUUCUUAAUGUUUUUUGCAGGGGCAGUGCGACUCACAGGGCCAUUUGUAACAAUGGUGUACAGCAUGAUAACUGGAGACAUGUUGACGUUCGGAAUAAUCUACACAAUAGUGCUGUUCGGAUUUUCACAAACAUUCUUUUUUGUGUACAAAGGAUUUCCUGGCGUGAAAAAUACACUUUACGGCACCUACCCCACAACGUGGAUGGCGCUUUUCCAGAUCACCCUUGGAGAUUACAAUUAUGCAGAACUGGCUAACACAACAUAUCCGUCAGUGGCUAAGAUAGUAUUCGCCAUAUUCAUGGUGUUUGUGCCUAUCCUGCUACUGAACAUGUUGAUUGCUAUGAUGGGCAACACAUAUGCUCACGUAAUUGAACAAAGCGAGAAAGAAUGGAUGAAGCAGUGGGCGAAGAUUGUUGUAUCUUUGGAGCGCGCAGUACCCCAUGAGGAUUGCCACAACUAUUUGCAGGAAUACAGCAUCAAACUGGGACCCGGGGAGACUCCCGGCACAGAGCAACGCGCCGUCAUGGUCAUCAAGAGCAAGAGCAAGACAAGAGCCAAGCAGAGGAAAGGAGCUCUUUCCAAUUGGAAGAGAGUUGGAAAGGUAACAAUCAAAGAACUGAAGAAAAGGAACAUGACUGGGGAGCAGCUGAGACGUAUAAUGUGGGAAAGAGCUUCUAUUUCAACGCCAGUAAAAGCACCUAAAAAAGUCAACCCAUUACUGGACGUGCUGAUCGACAGCAAUGCGGCUGAGCCGACGCCGGCUGCUGCUGAUCCGGCUCCCUCGGCGUUCGGUGGCCUCACAGCCGCUCUCGACAUGAUGGCAUUCACCAACGAUCUCGACCUGGGAGGAACCACAUUCAUCGCAACUCAAAACAACCCAGCGGCAGUGCAAGAUCCAUUCAGAGAUCUUGUUCUAACGGCGGAAACAAAAGCUAGCGACUCUGAAUUGAAUGCUUUGGCUGAAGCUGCCGCUAAAGCUGUGAUAAUUGAGGCUGAGGCACAAGCGGCUGAACAGAGAGCUGCCCUUCUGAGGCAGAUAAGUUUGGAGCAAAAUGCAGUUCUGCAGCCGAGCGACAGUGAUGGCCUUGGAGAGGGUCCCCUGCUGGGUCGCGGCUCGCAGGUGAGGCGAGUCAAGUCGGCACACAAACGGGCGCAGUCGGCCAACACUCUGUCAUCGGACCGACAGCGGCUGUUCAAGAGUUCACGUUAUGGCAGCUCAAGUUCGAGCUCGUCCUCAGAGUGGGGCCGCUCCAGCCCCGUCAUUCUCAGGCCGAGGGACCUGCUCAACUCUCCCCCACCCCCACCCCCACCCUACAGCGAUCUCGACGAGUCGGUCGAGUGUGCUAACACAACCACCACCACCACCACCACUACCAAAGCACGGCCCAGGCCCAAGACUGCCAAAGCUAACAGAGUUGCGCCAUCAGCAGACGUGCCUUCAAGAAGAGGUCAGUCGGCAACCACAGCUAGUGACCAGCCCAAGAAGCCAGAGUCACCGCCUGACCCGUUGGAGCCUUGGAGCACCAGAGGCAUUGCCAACAUGAACGCAUUACUAGCUUGGGAUCAGAGUGAUCAUGACAGUCUUUAAUAUUAGUGACUAAAUAUAAUAUCGGGGCACCGAGCUUCGCUCGUUAUUUUUAUUUAGGCUAUUGACCAGCUGGCCCAGCGAACUUCGUACCGCCAAA